AUGGCGGAAUCGCACUCCCGCUACACGGACGAGGCCAACGAGGCUCUGGAUCCGGAGCUUCUGUACACGAAGGAAUACUGCAUUGGCGGUGGUAGCUUUGGCAAGGUGUUCAAGGGGUACGUCAUCAUCGACGUUGAAAAUGCCGAAGACGAGGUCGAAGACAUUAUCCAGGAAAUCGCCAUCCUGUCCGAACUGCAGUCGCCAUAUGUGACCAAAUACUACGGAUCCUAUGCAAAGGGCGCGGAGCUAUGGAUCGUCAUGGAGUUUUGCGCAGGCGGCAGCUGUGCUGACCUGAUGAAGCCGGGGAUCAUGGGCGAGGAUUACAUCGCAAUCAUCGUCAGGGAGCUGCUGAUGGGUCUGGACUAUCUCCACGCGGACAAGAAGCUACAUCGUGACAUUAAAGCGGCCAAUGUCUUGCUGGGGGCCAACGGUCAGGUCAAGCUGGCCGAUUUUGGUGUCUCGGGCCAGCUCUCAGCUACCAUGACAAAGAAGAAUACAUUCGUUGGGACUCCUUUUUGGAUGGCACCGGAGGUCAUUAAACAAUCUGGAUAUGAUCACAAGGCUGAUAUUUGGUCACUCGGUAUCACCGCUCUCGAGCUCGCAAACGGCGAACCCCCUUACGCCGAUAUUCACCCCAUGAAAGUCUUAUUCCUCAUCCCCAAGAAUCCACCGCCAAGGCUGGAGGGGAAUUUCACAAAGGCCUUUAAAGACUUUGUCGAAUUGUGUCUGCAGCGCGAUCCAAAGGAACGACCGACUGCGAGAGACCUCUUGCGGCAUCCUUGGAUUCGAAAGGCAAAAAAGACUACAUACCUCACAGAGUUGAUUGAGCGGCAUAGCAGAUGGGCGGCGACACACAAAACUGAAGAAGAGGACUCGUGGGAGAUUGCCGAGAGCGCGCCUCCAGAGCGGACGCGGGUGAAUGAAGACAUGUGGGACUUUGGUACCGUCAGGCUUGUUAAUGAUCGUGGUGGUGUUGUCAACCGGCCGAGUAAGCUCAAUCCGCUCGGUGCAAGUGCUACUAACACAAGAGCCACGCGGUCUUCUGAGAACUCGGACGAUUACGGCGAAAGGCGGCGCGAACCAUCAAGCCCAACAAAGCUGAGACCAGAACAUGUCCUUCAGCCCAGCGAUACUCUCAAGGCGGCCAAUGCAUCCAGCGCGGGAACAUCGCGGCAAUCGAGCCCUCAGCGCAAACCGAUCCCUCACGCGGUACAGCAGCGCGGAUUUGUGUCGAAAGCAGCUCCUGCACCCCCCAGCCCUGUCGUAAAGACGUCGAGCUGGGACUUCCAAGGUGCAACACCAAAGGCGGCAAAGAUUGUCCCAGUGCCAGUGAUGGCCUCGGCUCCAGAACCUCCCUCGCCAGACUAUGACCGAGAAUUGCAGGCUCAGCUGCAGCGCGAUAUGGGAAUACUGAAUCUGAAUAUAGAGUUGCCCGAACCUGUACCAACACCCUCGCCCCCUCCCCCCGCAGCUCCGGUGCAUCGAGUCAUUUCCAUACCUCCCGGAUUUGAGAGACCAGUACCGCCAGCCCAUGGCGUUUCACCUCGAUCAACGAGCACCAAGUUGACGCAUUAUGAUGUGCCAGAAAUUCCGCCCUUUAGAGGCCCGUCCCCUAAGCCACCACCGCCUCAGGCUACCGUUGAAAAACGAACGGUGACACCGGUUAUUGCGCAAACUUCAGCGUCUAGAGUAUCUGCUUCGCCCAAGACCACCGAAAAACGAACGGUAACGCCGGUGCUGGCACAUACUUCGGCGUCCAGAGUUUCCAACUCGUCGCCUAAGAAUACUGAAAAGAGGACGGUGACACCAGUUAUGUCUCAUACUUCGGCAUCCAGAGUGCCUGCCUCGUCGACAGCUGCACCUCCGGUUGCGCAUGGGCACGGGCACGGGCAAGGGCACGGGCAUGGGCCAUCGGCAUCAGUAUCGUCAUUGCGAUCACAGGGUAACUCCUCAGGAAUGUUGGAUAACUUUCCCUCGCCCCCAGCUGCGAAUCCAAACGGGGAACUUGAUGCUCUCAACGACGUCAUCUUUCCCGCUCUGGAAGAAGCGCUCAAGAGACGGCAGAUUCGCCUUCAACAGAUGUAUAGAUCCGUGCAGAAAGGCUCUACAAUGUCAGCCAAACAACAACGAGCCGAGGCUUCUCAUGAGAAAGUUCGCAAACUGGUCUAUAAGCUAGCACAUGUUUGCAAGGAGAUUGAUUAUCACGACAAAGCCGAACCUGUAGGUAUGGGCCGUGAUGUGGGCAACUUUUUGGAGGGGCUGCUUGAGGAGAUUUUGGUUCGAGUCGAGCCAUUGGAUGAGGAAGAGGUGUAGAAGAUGUUGAAGAGACGAACGAUUUUCUUGUACGGAAUAGCCUUGAAUGAACUAACGAACUGUACUGUUUCUGGGAACUGGGGAAAAAAA